GCUGCCUCGCUCGGGUGACGUCAGCGACCCAAUCCCCGCUGCCGCCGCAUCCUCUGUGCCUGCCAGGAGCCGGCGUCCCCCGCGUUCCUUGCGCCCGGCCUGGCCAUGGCUUCGGUCGUACUGAUGCCGCUCCUGCUGCUGCUGCUGCAGCCUCCACCCGCCACCCCCGCGCCGCCUGUUCGCGACCCCUUCGCCCUGCAGCUCGGGGACACGCAGAGCUGCCAGCUGCGGUGCCGAGACCGCUACCCUAGUCCGCAGCCGGCUCAGGAGCUGGAGGAGGACCCCACUGAGUCCCCGCAUGUGAAUGCGUAUGAUAGGGCCGUGCUGAUCAGUGCUUGUGAACGAGGCUGCCGCCUCUUCUCCAUCUGCCGCUUCGUGGCCAGGAGCUCCAAGCCCAAUGCCACCCAAGCAGAGUGUGAAGCAGCCUGUGUGGAGGCUUAUGUGAAGGAGACGGAGCAGCAGGCCUGCAGCGAGGGCUGCUGGAGCCAGAACCCACAGCUGGAACCUGAGCCUGAGCUGGAGCCGGAGCAGAAGAGAAAGGUCCUGGAAGCUCCGAGUGGGGCCCUCUCGCUCCUGGACUUGUUUUCCACCCUCUGCAAUGACCUUGUCAACUCGGCUCAGGGCUUCGUCUCCUCUACCUGGACAUACUACCUGCAGACUGACAAUGGGAAGGUGGUGGUAUUCCAGACCCAGCCUGUAGUAGAGAGCCUGGGGCACGAGGGGACCCGUCUGCAGCGAGUAGAGGUGACCUGGCGGGGAUCCCACCCUGAGGCCUUGGAGGUGCAUGUUGACCCCGUAGGCCCCUUGGACAAGGUAAGGAAGGCCAAGAUUCGAGUCAAGACCAGCAGCAAAGCCAAGAUUGAGUCUGAUGAGCUUCAGGACAAUGACUUCCUCAGUUGCAUGUCCCGGUGGGUGGCAGAACACUGGAGGUGGGGUGGAGGUGGGGCCGGAGGGGAGGGGCUCUCUGACCCCACCAGGGCCGCUGAGCAAGCCUGCUGGGUGGGGCAGGCGCUCCGGGCUUCCUCGCUGGAUCCUGGCCUGCUGCCUCUUCCUCUCUGUGCUGGUGAUGCUGUGGCUGAGCUGCUCCACUCUGGUGACUGCACCCGGCCAGCACCUCAAGUUCCAGCCCCUGACUCUGGAGCAGCACAAGGGCUUUAUGGUAGAGCCAGACUGGCCUCUGUACCCUCCCCCAUCUCACGCCUUUGCAGACAGCCCCCCACCCUACAAGCUGAAGCUGGACCUGACCAAGCUGUAGGCCUCCAUUGCCAAGUACAAGGGCUCCUCGGGCCUUCCUUGCCCUUUGCCUAAGAGGCCAGGUCAGGGUGGGACCAUCCUUGGGCUCCUCCUUCCCCCUUAUUCUCCUUCUCUCUCAAGCCCUGCCCCUCACCCCCUGGGUCCUGGGGUUGCCAUGCCCCUGCUGGGAGGGGGGGAAUCUGACUCUGGUUCCUCCCUGCCCCCCAUCCCCAGAGCGUGUUACUUUUGUCUUUUAUUGUGUAGUUUCUUGAGUAUUUGAACCCCAGUUCUGUGCUGCCUUCCUUCUUCCUCUCUCCCCUCUCUGGGGGGCUGAGGUCACAGGGGAGCCACCUUGUGUUAGGGCUUCCCCUUUUCUCUCUACCCCAUCUCUGGAGAUCUAGCUCCCUGAGAGGAAGCCCCCUGAGGGAGGAGGUGGUGGGUAGCUCCAUACUGGGAAGGCAGAUAAGGCUGGAAUUGCAGCAUGGGGGUCAGGAGGAAUAAACCGUGUAUAUAAGAAA